AUGUUGUUCUCUCCGUCUUUGCCUACACUCCUUACUCUCCUUGCUGGGUCUCAGCAAGUUGUUGGCACUACGCCACGAUAUUGUCCGCCUUAUGGUCCUGUUCUUCCUCCGCCGCGACAAGCCAGUCAACAUCCCGCCGUCCAAUAUGCCGUUGAUACAAUCACCACUUUUCUGAAAGGACAAACAGCAGGGUUCAAUCUCUCUGGCGUCUCCGUUGGAGUCAGGUCCAUUUACGAGGAUGAACCUUUACUCGACUCUCACUACACGCCUUCCAUCAUCAACACCAAGAUAGGUGUGAAGAAGAUCAAUGCUAGUACGGUCUAUCGUCUUGGGAGCAUUACCAAGGUAUUCACCGUCCUGGGAGCGCUGCGCCUUGCAGAGGAUGGGAUGUUGAGCAUGAAUGAUCCUGUGACUCGCUGGAUACCCGGGCUUGCUCACAGAGAUAGCCCACAUUCUGAUGAUGAGCUUGAUGUCACUCAUUGGGGUGACAUCGCUAUCGGUGAUGCUGCGGCGCAUCUUUCUGGUCUUGGUGGAGAUAAAUUCCUCAAUAUCUUCAUGUCCUACCGUCCUCCCAUAUACCAACCUAGCCAAUCCCCCGUCUACUCCAAUGCAGGAAUUAGUCUGGUCGGCCUUGUUGUCGAGGCAGCAUCGAAGAAGACCUUCGACGCCGCCAUCAAGGACCUGGUCCUGAAGCCUCUGGGUCUCAAUCAAACAUACUCUGGCAUCGUCCCAGAGAACUCUGAAAACAUGUUCAUUCCUUCUGGAAACGCUGGCUGGGACGCUGAUAUCGGAAUCUUCGCUCCUGCCGGCGCGAUGGGCUCUAGCACCGCCGACAUGCCCUCUUUCAUGACUAGCAUUCUCAAGAACAAAGCCCUAUCCCCACCCAACACUCGCCGCUGGCUCAAGCCAAACACUUUCACAUCAACUUGGAGUGCAUCCGUUGGAUCGCCUUGGGAGAUUUACCGCGUGGAUAACCUGACUUCCGACGGGCGCAUCAUCGAUCUGUAUACCUAA